AUGUCUGAGGAACAGAAAGGUGCUUCCAAUAAUGAACGCCUCCUGGCUGCUGCGCGAACAGACAACGAAGAACUGCUGCUCGAGGUAUUCGAGCAGGGAGGCUUUGACAUCAACUGUCAAGAUGGACUUGGAAAUACUCCUCUUCAUAACGCUGUGUUGAACGGCUCAACAGAUGUCCUUGAGCACAUCCUAUCACACGAAGAAUGCGAUGUCGACCCUGUUAAUCGCCUCCAAAAGGCCACACCACUACACUUAGCCGUUCAAAUCCAACAUGUUGAGCUUCGACGGCACACUGUCGAGAGCCUGCUAGAAGCCGGGGCUGAUAUAACAAUAAAAGACAAGAAUGGGGAGACCGCACUCGAUCUCCUUCCGCUUGACGAUAUGAAGACGCGAGAUCUUAUCCGCAAAUCGCAAGCACAGGCGAGUAUCUCGAGAGAUGACAUUGCAGAUGACGACGACGACGGCGAGCCGGACUCUGGGUCUGAUGAUGACUAA